GGGCUCUCCUGACGCGGCGGGGCCGGACUCUGGAAAAGCCAGCGGGCCGGCAGGCUUACGGGCUGGCAGCGUUUCCGACAACGGCAGUGCCAGGAGGGGUAGUUGAGGGUCGCGAGGCAGCCCUGAGCUUCUGAGUGAGCACUGUGCUUUUGGGAAUGCUGGACUGGCGACCCGUGGAGCCAGGAGCGGGGCCGAGGCGCUGAGAAGCGGCGGCACGGCUGCCGGCUGGAUGGGAAAUUAAUGUUUACAGCAAAGUCCAACCAACGUUUCCAAGGUGAGGGGCGCCGCGCCAGGCCGGGCAGGCCGGGAAGCCGGGCGGGCGGUGAGUCCGGGUUCCGCUGGCGCACAGCUGGGCCGAGGCGCGGCGGGCGGCGGCAGUCGCAAGUUUUGCUGAGCGAGCGGGGCGGGUGCGCCCGGCCCCGGCAGGGCCUAAGUUCCUUGCGCUCGCUUCCUCGCCUGCCGCCGCCGCCCGCAGCCCUCCUUCUCGUGGGCGCUGGGGAAGAAACUCGCCGGCGGGUCUAACAGUGUGUCCCAGGGAGGUGGAGGGGCGGAGCAGCUUCGGGGGCACGUCCUCGUAAAUCCUGUGGAGGACACUGACCCGGUACCCCACUCUCGAGGCCAGAAGUCGGUUCCCUCAGCGGACCUGAGGGGCGAGAGCCUCGCGCCCCUUACUUGCAAAGUUGGCGUCUUUACUUGGCCUCCUGGGUUCUGCGCAUAGCGUGUCUCCAGGCUGGUGAUGGGCAAGGCGGGUGAGCCAGGUCCAGGAUGCACUCGAGGAGCGUUUGUAGCCAUCACUGAAUCACCUUAUGACUAGUGGGGCAAGCCUUAACCGCAGGAUUUCCGGUGGCGACAGACAAGGUUGCAGAAAAGCUGAGCUCUACUCUCUCAUGGGUGAAGAACACAGUAUCGCAUACAGUCAGUCAGAUGGCCAGUCAGGUGGCAAGUCCAUCUGCUUCAUUACAUACCACAUCCUCAUCUACCACAUUAUCAACACCAGCCCUUUCGCCAUCUUCCCCAUCACAGUUGAGUCCAGACGACUUAGAACUCCUGGCUAAACUGGAAGAACAGAAUAGAUUGUUAGAAACGGAUAGUAAAUCUUUAAGAUCUGUAAAUGGGUCAAGAAGAAACAGUGGCUCUUCUCUUGUGUCGAGUUCAUCAGCCUCUAGCAACCUCAGUCACCUUGAAGAAGAUUCUUGGAUUCUUUGGGGAAGAAUUGUUAAUGAAUGGGAAGAUGUACGCAAAAAAAAGGAAAAACAAGUUAAGGAACUUGUCCGUAAAGGGAUACCUCAUCACUUUAGAGCAAUAGUUUGGCAACUUUUAUGCAGUGCACAAAGUAUGCCGAUUAAGGAUCAGUAUUCAGAACUACUGAAAAUGACCUCACCUUGUGAAAAAUUGAUCCGAAGGGACAUUGCUAGAACUUAUCCUGAGCACAAUUUUUUUAAGGAAAAAGAUAGCCUUGGACAGGAGGUUUUAUUUAAUGUAAUGAAGGCUUAUUCUUUAGUGGAUCGUGAGGUUGGUUACUGUCAAGGAAGUGCUUUUAUAGUUGGAUUGUUGCUUAUGCAGAUGCCAGAAGAAGAAGCUUUCUGUGUAUUUGUUAAAUUAAUGCAAGACUAUAGACUUCGUGAACUUUUUAAACCAAGUAUGGCAGAAUUGGGCCUUUGUAUGUACCAGUUUGAAUGUAUGAUACAGGAGCAUCUUCCAGAGCUCUUUGUACAUUUUCAAUCUCAGAGUUUUCAUACCUCAAUGUAUGCAUCAUCCUGGUUUCUGACUAUCUUUCUUACAACUUUUCCACUACCAAUUGCAACAAGAAUAUUUGAUAUCUUUAUGUCUGAGGGUUUAGAAAUAGUGUUUCGGGUAGGAUUAGCACUUCUUCAAAUGAAUCAGGCAGAACUGAUGCAACUUGACAUGGAAGGGAUGUUACAGCACUUUCAAAAGGUCAUUCCACAUCAGUUUGAUGGAGUCCCAGACAAGUUAAUCCAAGCAGCUUACCAAGUCAAAUACAACUCAAAAAAAAUGAAAAAGCUUGAAAAGGAAUACACUACAAUAAAAACAAAAGAAAUGGAAGAGCAAGUUGAAAUUAAAAGGUUACGCACAGAAAAUAGACUUUUAAAACAGCGCAUCGAGACAUUAGAAAAAGAAAGUGCUUCCUUGGCAGAUAGAUUGAUACAGCAUAAAUGCAGUUCCAACUACAAUGAAGAUUUUGUGCUACAGCUAGAGAAGGAAUUAGUUCAAGCCCGACUGAGUGAAGCUGAGUCUCAGUGUGCACUAAAAGAGAUGCAGGAUAAAGUCUUGGAUAUAGAGAAGAGAAAUAACUCCCUUCCUGAUGAGAAUAAUAUUGCAAGGCUUCAGGAAGAGCUAAUUGCUGUGAAACUGAGAGAAGCAGAAGCCAUUAUGGGUUUGAAAGAACUUAGACAGCAAGUCAAAGAUUUAGAGGAACACUGGCAGCGCCACUUAGCUCGUACUACUGGGAGAUGGAAAGACCCACCUAAGAAAAAUGCUAUGAAUGAGUUGCAAGAUGAACUGAUGACCAUUCGACUUAGAGAAGCUGAAACACAGGCAGAAAUAAGAGAAAUAAAACAAAGGAUGAUGGAAAUGGAAACACAGAACCAGAUCAAUAGUAACCAUCUUCGAAGAGCAGAACAAGAGGUGGUUAGCCUACAGGAGAAAGUGCAGUAUCUUUCCGCACAGAACAAAGGACUCCUUACUCAAUUAAGUGAAGCAAAGCGCAAACAAGCAGAGAUCGAAUGCAAGAACAAGGAAGAAGUGAUGGCUGUGAGGCUUCGGGAAGCAGAUAGCAUAGCUGCCGUGGCUGAACUACAACAACACAUUGCUGAGCUGGAAAUCCAGAAAGAAGAAGGAAAGUUUCAAGGACAGCUUAACAAGUCUGAUUCUAACCAGUAUAUUAGGGAACUGAAAGAUCAGAUAGCAGAGCUGAAUCAUGAGCUCAGGUGCCUAAAAGGCCAGAGGGGUUUCUCAGGCCAACCUCCUUUUGAUGGAAUCCACAUUGUCAACCAUUUAAUAGGAGAUGAUGAAUCAUUCCAUUCCUCUGAUGAAGAUUUUAUAGAUAAUCCCUUACGGGAAACUGGUGUUGGUUUUCCUUUGCACGGAAAAUCUGACUCGAUGUCUUUGGACCCUGCAGUGGCAGAUGGUAGUGCGAGCGAAACAGACGACAGUGUGCUGGAAACCAGAGAGAGCAAUCGAGUGGUUCAAAAGGAGCACCCCCCGAGAAGAAAAGAGUCGUAUUCAACCACUGUCUGACCAUCACUGUGACCUAGACUAUGGAUUUCUUUAAGGGAUCAGUUAUCAUGUGAUUAGGGAUUUGGAACUGUUUCAUAUGUAC